CGAUCAUCAUCCGCAAAAAGGAGCCGAUAGGCAAGACUUGUCCUUGCUCACGUCGGUACCAUCGCCCCCUCGAUACCAUUGCUCCUCACCAUUCUCUUCCAUACCACCCCUACGCUACAAACAUGCCUGGCUGCUUCUCCGUCUUCAAGUCCAUUCCCACUUCCGGCGAGAGGCCACUUGCUCUCUCCCGCCAGCCCACAGCCGCAUCCUCCAAGUCGACACUCGUAGACGAUGGCAGCAGCUCCUUUAAUGAGAAAUUGUGUCCAAAUGACAAGCCCAGCGCACAUCCUCCCCGCUCUCUCCUCAAGCCAACGCCCACGGGCGAUCGCCUGACUGCUUUGCGAGCCCUGAUGUCCGCUGCCGACUUAGACCUCUACCUCGUCCCCUCCGACGACGCCCAUGCCUCCGAGUACACUGCUCCUCGCGACCAGCUGCGUGGCUUCAUCUCCGGCUUCACUGGCUCUGCAGGGUUCGCAAUUGUAGCAAAAGAGGGCUUCGCAGGCUUGUGGACCGACUCGAGGUACUUUGUACAGGCGGAGCAGCAGCUCGAUGCAGAGCACUGGACACUCUUCAAGUUGGGACUGCCCGAGGUGCCAGGGUGGGAACAGUGGUUGACGAGCGAGUCUUUUGAGGUCUUGGGCAAAAAGAAGCUCACCUUUGGUGUGGACGCUCGAUUGAUCUCUCAGGGGACAGUCAAAAGUCUAUUGGAAAAGGGCAACGUAGGAAGCUACAAGCUCGAGGGAGUCUUUGACGAGGACUCCCUCGUAGCCAAGGUCUGGAGUGAUCCUCAUCUGCCCUUUCACCAGUCCUAUCCACCCGCACUCGACACGCCCGUACACCAGCAUCCCCUCGAAUUUGCAGGUGAAGAAGCUCAGAGUAAGCUAGGAAAGAUCGUACAGUGGCUCAAUGGCGCCGACAUGGCUGAUCUAGUCGGAGAGAAGUCAAAGAGCCAACUCCUGAGCAAGAAGUAUGGACCCAAGCGAGGAGAACACUACGUUGUCAAUGCACUCGAUGAGGUGGCAUGGACCUUGAACCUACGAGGGCUCUCGAUCCCCUACAAUCCCGUCUUCCCGGCUUACUUGGUCAUCUCAGUACCUUCUGAUGAGUCCAGGACCUCUGCAAAGACUGCAUACUCUGCCCAGCUCUUCGUCCCUCCGCAGCUCCUCUCACACAACGUCGAUGCAGGCACCUACUCCUACGUGACUUCAACGCUCAACGUAGCUGUCCUCGACUAUGCCGACAUCUGGUCCGCUUUGAAGGAGCUGCCGGGCAAAGGCAAGGUGAUUCUGGGGGACAAGGCCUCUUACGCCCUCGUCUCCUCUGUAGGCUCCGAGCGAGCCUCCUUGCAACCCAACGGCGGCUUGCCCAUUGCCCUGCUGAAAGCACGAAAGAACGCCGUCGAGCUAGAGGGUAUGCGCAAAGCCUACCUACGGGACGGUAUCGCCUGGGCAAAAUGGGCUGCCUGGCUAGAAGAGACGGUCCAACGGCGCGGUAGUAGUAGUAUCAAUGAGUGGGACGCCGCUGUGCGCUUCCAGCAGAUCCGCUCUGGCAUGCACAACUACGCCGGCUUUGACGCUUACGAGUCCAUCUCUGCCUCUGGUGGCAAUGCAGCACUCCCGCACUAUGAGACGCCGGAGGAAGGUAGCAAGGUAAUCGAUCGCGUCACGCCUUAUCUCAACGACUCGGGCGCCCAGUACUUCGAUGGUACCAUUGACUGUACCCGGACGGUACAUUUUGGGAAGCCCACAAAGGAGCAGAAGCAUGCUUAUACGAGGGUGCUGCAGGGUCAUAUUGCCAUCGAUUCAGCGAUCUUCCCCGAGGGCACGAGUGGAGCUGCUCUCGACACGUUAGCUCGGAUCAAUCUCUGGAAAGACAAGCUCAACUACCUCCACGGCACCGGCCACGGCAUCGGCUCCUUCGGGUACGUACACGAGGGCCCCUCCAACUUCUGGUUUGGUAUAAGCGCGGGCGCAACAGGCGCCUCGUACAUCCCUCUCCAGCCAGGGUUUACGCUGAGCAACGAACCUGGCUUCUACAAGCCCAACAAGCACAGCGGUAUUGAGGAUGGUGGGUUUGGGCUGAGAAUCGAGAGCAUCGUGGCCGUCAAGGCGCUGCAGCCCGAUGUAAAUGGGGGAAAGUGGCUGGGAUUCGAGAGAUUGACAAGAGUGCCGAUCGCUACUAACCUCGUAGACUUCUCUCUUCUCACGCCCACCGAGAAGAAGUGGUUGAAGGACCACAAUGAGCAGAUCAAGAAGGAGGUGGGGCCAUUCCUUCGAGGCGACAAGCGUGCAAAAAAGUGGUUGGACAAGCAGUAGGUCGGGGUGGAUUGCGAAGUGUGCGAGUGCUGUCGAAGGUGAAGGUAGUCAAGCGGGCGGGCGGAAGGAGUUGGUGAAGAUUUCGAAUACCAGUUCAGUCACCGAGCUAUUGCUGCUUCAAGGCCCUUUCGUGUUAUCUCUAUUUGGAU